UCAGUUCUUCAUUUCCGGUGCAUCUAACCAGAUGUCCACUACAUCGUGUGAGCUGUGUUUUUGUGUUCCUUGUAUUAAUAUGAUUGUCUCAUUAAAUGACUUUUAGUGACUAGCAUAUGUAGUUCAAAUGAACUAUUGUUCAUCGUACAGUGUAUUUGCAUUAUUCUUAACGUUUUGUGUUGUGGUGGUCAAGGAUAAUUAGUGAUCAGGUGUAAGAUUCAUAAUGAAACGGGAAAACGAAGACCACCAGGAUGAUGAUCAGCAUCAUGACGACGAUGACACAUCCGACCAAAAAUCCGUCAACAAACGCUCCCGAAAAGACGAAGAGGAAGUUCGCCUUUUGAUUCCUAGUAAGAUGGCUGGAGCUAUUAUUGGAAAAGCUGGACAUAAUAUCCAAAAGCUACGUACAGAGUACCAAGCUCAAGUGAAUGUAGGCGACAGUACAGGCCCCGAACGUGUGCUCACCAUCGGUGGCGACAUGGAAACAAUUACCAAGGUGGUUAAGGACGUCAUGAAACAUCUGGAUAAGGCUGGAGAAAACGAGUGUGAACUGAGAAUCCUGGUUCAUCAGAGUCUUGCAGGAUGCGUCAUCGGUCGAGGCGGCACCAAGAUUAAAGAGCUGAAAGACCAAAUUGGCUGCAGGCUGAAGAUUUUCUCCAACAUUGCUCCACAGAGCACUGAUCGUAUCGCGCAAGUGAUUGGAACUGAAGACCAAUGCUUGACGGCUUUGAACGAUAUCAUCGGACUGAUCCAGGGAACGCCAAUCAAGGGCCCAGUUCAUAAUUACGAUCCUCACAACUACGAUGAUAUGUACGCCGAUGAAUACGGUGGAUACGGAAUUGGAGGAGGUGGCGGUGGAAACUUCCGCAACGGACGAAAUGCUGGCGAAAACUCCGGUGGCAAUGCGGGUGGAUUCGAUCGUCGCGAUAGGUUCGACGAUCGAGGUCGCGGAGGACGUGGAUACGAUCGUGGAAACGAUCGCAAUCGCGGCGGCAUGAGAGAACGAGAAUUCAUAAAUCCGUGGGCGCCCAACGUCAAUGGUCAACAAAUGGGAGGUAACGCCUUUGGUGGAGGCGGUGGCCUCGGAAUGGGUGGUAUGGGAGCAAUGAACUUGGGAGGAUCCGGAGGAAACAUGGGCAAUAUGCCUAAUAUGGGCAACAUGGGAAAUAUGGGCAAUAUGGGCAACAUGGGUAAUGGAAGCAUGGGUAGUUUUGGAGGACAAGCUCCAACUAUGGAUAACAGAACAUCUACCCAAGUUACAAUUCCUAAAGAUUUGGCUGGUGCAAUCAUUGGAAAGGGAGGUGGCCGAAUUCGCAGAAUCCGAAACGAAUCGAACGCUUUUAUCCAAAUUGACGAAGCUUUGCCUGGAUCAACAGAUCGUAUCAUCACGAUUACAGGAUCACAAAAGGAAAUACAAGCUGCCCAAUACAUGUUGCAACAAAGUGUGCGUGAAAAUCUUGCCGCAGGCGGCGGUGGCGGCAACGGAGGCGGUGGAUUCAACCGUAACUGAAUGCAUUUCAUUUGAUCUACGCAUACUUUACCCAUUUAGUCUGUAUAAGACACAUGUUUAGAUGUAAGUGCAUAGAUACAGUGGUGAAUCAUCAAUAUACAUCAACAUGUGUUUCCAACCUAAAUCAGAUUGAAUUCCUGAGUGUCGAUUUACCACAGUGUUAAGAUUCAUGGUGAUGUUAUUAGAUUCUAGUCACCACUGUAUGUGACCAAGUAACAGCCACCGGCUCAGAAACGAAUCCAAGAAAUAGUUGAGCUACAACAUACGUGUAUAAUGUCAUUCUAAAAUCAGUUUGUAGACCUUUUAGCCGUAACAAUAGCAAACAAUCCACUUUUCUUUUUAAGAAUAUGUAUCAACUUUUAUACCUACAUAACUGAUUCGUUUGCAGAAGAGACAAAAGUAUUGUAUUAUUUUAUCCUGUUUUAUACAUCCUUUUGGCAACACAAAGUUGAAUAUUUCUAAUAAAAACUACUGAUAAUACCCCGUU